AUCAAUCUCAUUCUAAAGUCUUGUUUAUACUUCAAUAUUCUUCUUAAGAUGGCCUUUUAUUCGCGAUUUUAUUAUAUUUUCUACUUGUCUCUGUUAAUGUUUUUACUAAUUAGACUCUCUUCGGCACAGUUGUCUUCGGACUACUAUGAGAAAUCUUGUCCAAAAGCUAUUUAUACAAUUAAAGACGCAGUGACAAAUGCUGUGGCGAAAGAGCAUCGCAUGGGGGCCUCUUUGCUCCGUCUUCAUUUCCACGAUUGCUUUGUUAAUGGAUGUGAUGGAUCCGUAUUACUAGAUGAUACUUCAGAUUUCACUGGAGAGAAGACAGCAAAACCAAAUUCAAAUUCACUAAGAGGUUUUGAUUUGAUUGAUACAAUCAAGUCUCAAGUAGAGAAAUUAUGUCCUGGAAUUGUUUCUUGUGCAGAUAUUAUAGCUAUUGCAGCACGAGACUCUGUUGCAAUACUAGGUGGGCCUUCGUGGACUGUCCAAUUAGGUAGAAGAGAUUCUACAACAGCAAGUUUAAGUUCAGCAAAUAGUGAUAUCCCUUCUCCUUUGAUGGAUCUUACUGAUCUUAUUACCAAUUUUGCCAAUAAAGGCUUCACUGCUAAAGAAAUGGUUGCCCUUGCAGGUGCUCACACCAUAGGUCAAGCACAAUGUACAACAUUUAGGGAACGUGUGUACAACGAAACAACCAUCGAUUCAUCGUUGGCUACAUCGUUGAAAUCAAACUGUCCGAGUACAGGUGGAGAUGACAGCCUUUCUGCACUUGAUGCAGCUACCCCUGCAAUAUUUGAUAACCAUUAUUUCAACAACUUAAAGAAAAAUAAAGGGAUUCUUCACUCAGACCAACAACUAUUUAGUGGUGGUUCUACGGAUUCUCAGGUUACUACUUACGGUACUCGUCCUAUAACAUUUGCUGCAGAUUUUGCAAAGGCUAUUGUCAAAAUGGGAAACUUAAGCCCGCUUACUGGAACCAAUGGCCAGAUUCGUACCAAUUGCAGGAAAAUCAACUAAUUAUUUUGCACAAACUUAUGGGUUCGGUAAAACCUAGUAAUUAUAUUAAGUUUUACUUAAUAUGUAUGAAUAAUUUAUCUUGAAUCAUCUCUAUCUUUUAUAGAAUUCAAAAUCCAUAAACUCAAAAUUCUAACUCCGCCUCUUAUUCAGCAUGCACUUAGUUAAAUUGUAGUAGUAGUAGUAAUUAUGCAUGUUCCUAUGAAUGAACUCAAGUUUGUAUAGUGUUUGUAUUUUCUUUUAAGAACAACUGUUUGCGAGAAUAAAUAAUUUACACUUGUGUUGAAAA